UCUAGAUCUAUCAAUGCAGCACUCCGUCAUAAUCAAUCCGCGAAACCCCCAUGCCUUCACAAUAGAACCCGCGCCCAGACAAUUCUAACUAUACAUUACCCGCCCACACGAAGAAUAAGAAAUGCCCCGCACCGACGAAGCGGAAUGGUGGAUCAACGCCGUCUACGAAGCGGUCCAAGAGAUCCCCCGCGGCCGAGUCACCUCCUACGGCCAUAUCGCCUGCCUCCUGGGAUAUCCCAAACGCCCCCGCCAAGUAGGCGUAAGCCUCAAACAUCUGCCCUCCGCGCCCUCGAAUCCAGAGACAGACGCAGAGGCAGAUGCAGAGGCAGAUAGCGAGGUAGAAGCCGACGCAGAAGCCGCCGCAGCCCCAUUCUUCCACUCCGGGAACGUCCCGUGGCAGCGCGUGAUCAAUUCCAAGGGCAUGAUUUCGCAUCGUGGGCCAGGAAGUGCGGAGCGGCAGGCGGUAGUGCUGCGAGCGGAGGGCGUGGAGGUGGAGGUGGAUAGUAUGGGGGAGUACUAUGUGAAUUUUGGGCGGUUCGGGUGGUUUCCUGAUGUGUUGCCAAGUGAGGAAGGGUUGGAGUCAGAUGAAGGAGAUGGGGAGGAGGGGGAGGAGGAGGAGGAGGGACGUGGUGAUAGUGAUAGGAAUGGAAAUGAGUUGUUUGUUUGA